CUAUAAAUCUGUAAAAUUCAUAAAAAGACACUACCUCCUAAAUGUCCUCAACCAGCAACACAGCCCGUUCUGGAAAUGUCCUUGUACUGCUCGAUCUCUACACCUCAGGGUUUGCUUCAUCCUCCGCCUCCCCAACAAUUCCAAUGCUUACCUCACUUACAAUGCAUACACUUUAUGCCAUUUCUUUGUUAAUUUAUUCAAUAAACUCGUUUUUCAAUUGGAUAUAUCUUUACAACCUUUUACAAGGAUUUUUGACUUCCUUUUCCCUUCAUUUUUGGUUUGUACUUGUUUUGGUAGUUGCUACUGUUUCUGGUUCUAUGUUGAUUAUUUUACUUGUGAUGCUUUGUAUAGAAAAUGCCUUUGUUCAUCGCUUGGAUGUUGCUGAACACAAAAAUGGAUUAGCCUUUAUUUGGGAGGCAUUUUCUGAAUGGCUACAAGGCUUCAACAACUUUCGUGUUGGCUUUCUCUUUAUGGCACUUCACGAUGUUCCCAUUUCAUUAGCUAAUUUUUUCUUAUUAAGUGCUUGUCGCUGCGGUGUUGCGAUGGCCAUUAUUCCUUUCUGUGUUUGGAACAACAUUAUCUCUAAUUUGGAGGCUUGUUCUCUUAUAUUUCGCUUACUCUCGCCUUUUAUUUCCUUCUAA